CUUUUCUCCCCCAAUCUUUCCAUACACGUGAGGAGAUACUCCAGUAUCCCCCGUGAGAUUCCAUACAUCUGUGCCGCAGGCCUUCAACCUCGAGAUCUCUCGGGUCGUCGUACCUCGUGUACCGAGCCCUGAAAAUUGCGCGUUUGUGCCCUUGUGCCGUUGUGUUUCGUGUUCAUGCGCUGAUGUGCACCGCCCCGCCCCUCUCAAGCACACACACAGGCCCACACUUAAAAGACUUAGACGUCUUCUGUGUCUACGUUUAUGCUUGUGCAUGUGGAUUUCAUCUGUCCUCCGACCGUCUCAAGCAUUGCAAUCACCUUGGCCCCCCCCCCCCAAACGGCUUCCUCGCGCCCGUUGCUUCCUUGUGUCUCAGGUGGCUCGUCGUGCUGCUGCGUCGCCAAUUCUUACUUCUCCCCCACCCUCUUGACGGCUUUGUCAACCUCUCCAUCCACGCAGAGACGACGCCAUGGACUCCGGCGUGUAUGCGUUUGCGCACCGGGCGGUGGUGCACGGCGACCUCGACGCGUUCAAGGCGGUGGCGGCCUUGGAUCCCACUGCAUUGCGCGCACGCGGCGCGUCGGGGUUGACGCCGUUUCUGGCGGCAUGCGCUGCAGGGCAUCUGCAUAUCGCACGGUGGCUCGUCGCGGAGGGUCACGCAGCUGUGGACGAGCGAGAACCCAGGCACGGUGCCACGGCACUGCACCUUGCCGUGGCCCAGAGGCAAACCCGAGUCGUCGCCUGGCUCGUACACGCAGCGCCGUGUUUGGUGAACGCACCCACGACAGACGGUGCAGGGCCACUACAUGCGGCUGCGGAGAUUGGGGCUGUGGACCUCAUCCACACGCUCAUACAACAUCACGCGCACACCGACAUGCCAGACCGUCGCGGCCUGACUCCACUUUACGUUGCCGCCACGCCUGAAGCAAAAGCCGCACUAACUUUGAGUGGCGAACAACCGCACCUGCCCCGCAACUCCAGCACGAGCUCCCUAAGCUCCGUCUUCGACUGUCUGAUGCGACAUGAGCACGAAUCUUCCCUUCUCGACAGCCCAGUCCAGCCCAUAGACAACAACAGGAUCACUUUAGCGAAGGACGCGCAGCAAGGCACUCGGCGUGCCAAUAUGGCCACCGAGAACUUCGGCGCCCAAGACCAAGUUGCACAACGACAAGGCGAUGGCAGCUUAUUGGACGCGAGCGGGGCUCGCUCUCGUCAUGCUCCUACCAAUGCCAAGGGUGACGACAGUUGGAUGAUGGAGGCGACGGCUGUACGCGAAGACGACCUCAAGGGCGGCAGCCGCAUGGACUGCACGUUGCAUGUGCAGUCAUCAACACCUAGAUCGCAUCAGCAACAACACCAUACACACGAAACAUCCCGAGCAUGGUCGCUAGCAAGAGGCGCGUCCACCCACAGCAAUUCGCAUGUCACGCCACGAUGGGCUGAUAUUGUGCGCGCUCUCGCGGGCAAGGCGCCGUCGUCGCCAGAGCUACAAGUGCAGCUGCGGCAGGAACACGCACAACCACGACAGCAACAGCAACAGCCGCGCUUGGAGGUUGGCGCGGGGGCCAGGAGAGGCGGGGUUGGAGGGGAAGGGAGGGGGGUGGAGAAGACCGUAAUCGUGCCUGGCGCGAGUGAGGUUGCUGAUGCGAUGCCAGCGACACUGACGACUCGAUCUGCUCGCGAUCGUGAUGCAUCGUCAUCAGUGUCGCUCGUGUGCGGUACAACUACAAUUGUCCGCCACCAGGGCUCUGUGGCUUCGGGUUCGUUUGAGCUGUCACCGGGCGUAGUGGAACACAGGCUCGGCUCUCCUGAAGAACCACGAUCGCCUGUGGCACCAGCCUCGGCCGGGAGCGUCACGGACACCGACGCCGCCUCCAUCACGACAUCCGACGUCACUCUUGCUUCUGCCGACCACGGAGAUGGUCACGAUAUGCGAGCCGCGGAGGCACAAGCACUGGACGCGUCUUGGUCCUCGUCACCGCUGGCACAACUGGCAACCGACAAGCGAGGCACUUCGCCUGCACCAGCCACAACAGCCGCACCAACAGGGAGGGGAGCGAAGGCGGCUCGACGCAGCAGCGACUCAGAGCCGUACAACCCAGCCUGCACUCGUCGAUGCACACCCACCCGCGCGCCACCUGGCCGUCGUGGGGGAGGCGAGGGCGCGCCAGCGGCGGCGGGCAGGGUGCGCACGCAGCAAGGUGUGCGACCACACGUGUGUCGUGUGUGCAAGAGGACGUUUGGCACCAACAGCAACCUCCAGAGACACUUACGCAGCCACAACGGAGACAAGCCAUACCAGUGCGGCCUCUGCGGCAAGCGGUUCACCAACAGCAGCAAUCGUCGCAAGCACGAGAAGACCUGCAUCAUGAAGCGCGCAGCCGCCAAGGACGACCACGGCGUGCUGCGUGUCUCGCGUGACUUUGUCGACUAUCACUGGCACAGGCUCGAAGCCGCCAAGCUCCGCAUCGAGAUCCAGCCACCCGAAGAACCGAACAACGACCCCGAAGACAGCAACAACCACAACGACAACACCAACAGCAACGAUGAUACCAAUCAUGACGACGGCGGCCCACGAUAGCACGAGGAGGGAGAGGGCGCGCGCGCGUGUGUGCAUGUGUGUGUGUUGCUUCUUUGCUUGCGUGCUUUGUGUACGUGUGUGUGCGUUGCGUGUGCAGGUUUGUGCAUGUGUUGCUUGUGUGUUACUUACUUGUGUGCUGUGUUGCUUGUGUGCGCAAGAGGCCUGUGGUUUAACACGUACAUUGGGUUGGUUGGUGGGUUGUCGCUUGUGAAUAGCCAUCCAUGGCACUCUCUGUAAGGGCAGCCUAAAAGCCAACAGGCUCGGAAACACAGGAAAGGGAAUAAACUGAGGACACUCCAGACUCCAGGACAGGCUGA